CGGUUACAGCGUACUACUCCAAUUUAUCUCGUUACUAGCAACAACUAGAUUUAUUUGAAACUUAUGAAUGGAAAUGUUCUGAUGAUCGUAUCCUCUUUCGAAAAUUUGUGGAGACAAAAAGGAUCUUCAAAUUUUUGAUGGGUCUGAAUAAAUCACUUGAUGAAGUUCGUGGUCGCAUUCUUGGUACUAAGCCAUUACCGAGUCUUCGAGAAGUCUUCUUCGAAGUCCGUAGGGAGGAAAGUCGAAAGCAAGUCAUGUUGGGACAAACCGAACAUCCUCCUACUCAAAAUGGAUCUGCGCUAAUUUCCCAACGAGAUCAUCCUAAUGAUCCAAUCGCUCUUGCUGCUCGGGGGAAUCUAUAUGACGAUAACCGCCCGCGCAAAGGGCGACCAUGGUGUGAUCUUUGUCAUAAAGUGGGACAUCUCAAAGAAACCUGUUGGAAAUUACAUGGAAAACCAGCGAACUGGAAGCCGAACACUACCAAAUCAGAGCGAGAAACUCGAGGCAAUGCUGUUGUCUCUGAAACUUCUAACCAACAACCACAUACCAAAGAGUUGUUGGACAUGCUACAACAACUAUUGAACAGAACAACUCCACCAACAACAGUAAGUGGUUCUGGGAAUGUACAACAAGGUAACCAAAAUUCUCRUGCUCUCCACACUCAAACUCUUCCAUCUGAAUGGAUAGUGGAUUCAGGAGCAUCGGAUCAUAUGACAGGACUUGGGAUCGGGGAAGAUGAUUGGCAAUGCUGAAUUAUGUGCGGGAUUGUAUCUUCUUAAAGCAACGAGUCCUCCACCAACAAAGAAAU